CCUCCCUCGAGGAAAAUGGUCAACAAAGACAUGAAUGGCUUUCCAGUCAAGAAGUGUUCUGCUUUCCAGUUCUUUAAGAAGAGGGUACGAAGGUGGAUCAAGAGCCCCAUGGUCAGCAUGGAAAAACAUCAGACAAGCAGCCUCAAAUACCCGGGAUCCACUGUGAUGCAUAUACCUCAAGGGGAGCCUGACAUUGAGGCUCCAUUAUGCCAGAUGUGCUUCAGUGACCACACUUUUCAAAGAGGGAUUGUCCCACCGGACACAGAGUCAUGUUCCUGGGAAGGCCACAGGAGCUGCAAUAUGAAAGAACUCUACAGUAAAGAUGAUCUAUUGGCUCAACCUGAUCAGAGAACUUUCUGGACUAAUGAUGACCCAGGUAAGGAUGGACAGCAGCUUGAUUCCCCUACAGUGAACCCUUUUAUGAAACAGAGAAGAAUGGGGCUGAACGACUUCAUUCAAAAAAUAGCCACCAACUCCUAUGCAUGCAAACACCCUGAAGUUCAAUCUAUUCUGAAGAUCUCUCAGCCUCAAGAGCCUGACCUUAUGAAUGCCAAUCCUUCUCCUCCACCCAGUCCAUCCCAGCAAAUUAACCUUGGGCCAUCCUCUAACCCACAUGCUAAACCAUCAGACUUCCAUUUCCUGAAGGUUAUUGGAAAAGGCAGUUUUGGGAAGGUUCUUCUUGCAAGGCACAAGGCAGAAGAGCAUUUCUAUGCAGUGAAAGUACUCCAGAAAAAAGCAAUCUUGAAAAAGAAGGAGGAGAAACACAUAAUGUCAGAACGCAACGUCCUCUUGAAAAACGUGAAGCACCCUUUCCUGGUGGGACUACACUUUUCUUUCCAGACUGCCGAUAAACUGUACUUCGUCCUAGACUACAUCAACGGUGGAGAGUUGUUCUACCAUCUCCAGAGGGAACGUUGCUUCCUGGAACCAAGAGCUCGUUUUUAUGCUGCUGAAAUAGCCAGUGCACUGGGUUACCUGCAUUCUCUGAAUAUAGUUUAUCGGGACUUGAAGCCAGAGAACAUUUUGCUUGAUUCUCAGGGCCACAUUGUCUUGACUGACUUUGGACUCUGCAAAGAGAACAUAGAACACAAUGGCACAACUUCCACAUUUUGUGGCACUCCAGAGUACCUUGCCCCCGAAGUCCUUCACAAGCAACCCUAUGACCGUACUGUGGACUGGUGGUGCCUUGGUGCAGUUUUGUACGAGAUGCUCUAUGGACUGCCGCCAUUCUAUAGCAGGAACACGGCAGAAAUGUAUGACAACAUCUUGAACAAGCCUCUGCAGCUGAAGCCAAAUAUUACCAACUCUGCUAGACACCUUUUGGAAGGCCUUUUGCAAAAGGACAGGACCAAGAGGCUGGGUGCAAAGGAAGACUUUAUGGAGAUUAAGAAUCACAUCUUCUUCUCCCCAAUUAACUGGGAUGAUCUCAUUAAUAAGAAGAUUACACCUCCUUUUAACCCAAAUGUGAGCGGCCCUAAUGACCUGCGACACUUUGACCCUGAGUUUACAGAGGAACCUGUCCCAAACUCCAUUGGCCAGGCAUCCGACAGUAUCCUCAUCACUGCCAGCGUCAAGGAAGCGGCAGAAGCUUUCCUGGGCUUCUCCUAUGCUCCUCCCAUGGACUCUUUCUUGUGAAUUCCUAUUAGCGAUUUCUUUCUAUUUUUUUUUGGAGGCAGGGGGGAGAACGACCCUCCUCUUGGCCUUCUGGUCUGAUGACUUAUCAGUUGUCCAGUCAUCUUGAAAGAUAACAUUUUGCACAUUUUCCUACUGUGUGGCAGCUUUGCAGCCUUAAUUUCAACUGUACUGUUGUUUGCUGUUAGCUUUUUUUGGGGUGGGAUGGGGGGUUGUCGUCCGUUUGGAAGAGCACAUUUUACUCCUUUUUAAACGAACCUGCAAACAUUUCACUUCCAGUUCUUCCCACUCACGAAAGUGGUGCUAUAUCUCCUUUGGAGGUUUGAAAAAACGAAGGAAAAAAAACAGCGACUGCUGCCAUAGACUGCCAUAGAUUGUAAGCAUAAGAACAACAUGCUGUGUAUAUUAUUAUUAUUAUUAUUAUUUGGAGAGAAUGUUCUGAAAAGCCUAGUUUGAAGAUGUUUCUGGAUGUGAUGAGGAUUUUACGAAAACGUGCCUUUUUUCCUGAUGAGAUCUUGUGAGCUCCAGUGCUUUUCCUGUCACAGACUGUUUCUUGAUUCACGCGCGCAUGUGUGGGUUUGCUAUGUGAACAAUGGUAUGAGUGUGGUAUGCAUAGUUUGCAGAUGGACUUAGUUCAGAAGCAUCCGUGUGACACUUGCAGGACUUUACAAUGUGGGGCAUUGUUUGUUCCUUCCAUAUUUGGAAGACCAUAAAUUAAUACGUGUAGAUAAUGACUUUUAAAAUAUGUAAAUCUAUACAGUUAAUAACUAAAGUUAUCGAGAUAGGCUUCAAUGACUUGUUUCCCAAAUGCUUGAAGAAAGUGUUGCUGCUAUGGAAAUACAUAUGUAUAUGUAUAUAUAUAUAAAAAAAUAUAAAUAUUUCUAUUUUUAGAAAGGGUUUCUAUGGACCAAAAUGCCCCAGCUGCAGUCUGUCAAAGCUGUUGGUUUAUUUCACAUUUUGUUCAUCUGUAAAAAAAAAAAAAAAGGGCAUUAUUUAUGGUUUGUAAAAAAAAAAAAAACAUUGUUUGCAUUCCUAGUUGUAUGUAUUUGUAAAAUACCUGUACAGUUGGUUGCAAUGCUAGAUGUAUAUUUAAAAGAAAAAAAAACUUUAAAGGCUUAUAAUGUAUACCACCAUUGUAAUGUACUUAACAUAAUAUGUACCAUUUUGUGACCAAACACAUUGGUUUGCAGUAAAAAC